AUGAGGGGCGGUAGCCGCCGCCGCGACCAGUUCGCCGCGCUGCCAGACGAGCUCCUCAAGCACGUGCUCUCCUACCUGCCCUCGCGCAAGGCCGUGAAGUUGUCCCUCCUCUCCCGCCGCUGGCGCCACCUCUGGAGAUCCACCCCCGCCGUCAGCGUGGACGGCAAGGGAGAAGGCGUCCUGCUCUUCGUCAACACCCUGCUCGUCAACCGCGAGGCGCCGCUGCUGCGCUCGUUCGACAUCGACGUCGACCUGGUGGUCCCUCGCGCCCUCCCCGGAUCCCCGUACAACAACCCCGAGUUCUACGAUCGCGAGUACUUGCGCGGCGAGGUCGACCCCCACGUCGACAUGUGGGUCAGACACGCGCUGUCUUCCAAGUGUCGCGCGCCCUCACUCUUUGUCCGCCUGGAGGACGAGCUCGCCCCAUGGCGGCCACGGUCUCUCUUGACUUUCGCCUCGCCGAACCUCACGACGCUGCACCUCGACGCCGUCCACCUCGUCGACGGCCUCCUGGACUUCUCCUGCUGCCCGGCGCUGCUGCGUCUCGCCCUCGUGCGCUGCUAUCUCGAGGGCGACGCCCUCGUCUCGCCGUCUUUGGCGCAUCUGGCCAUCGUCGACUGCCACACCGAGAGCGGUGCCGAUCUUGAAGCGCCCGACGAGGAGAUGUAUAUUGAGAUCUCGACGCCGAAGCUCCGUUUCCUAGAAAUAUCUGAGAACUACGACCGGGGACAGCUCCUCCAGACGAUGCCCUGGUUGACGGAGGAGAACGUCCAGUAUGCGGAUGAAAUCGACAUAUCUAUACGGAGACGCAUAUUAUGGCUACAAGGAAUAUACGAUGAAAUCUGA